AUGCGUUUGGGUACAGUCGUUCCGGAUUUCUCUGCCGUCACCACCAAAGGUCCGAUUAAAUUCUACGAAUGGGCCGGUGAAUCAUGGUGCGUUUUGUUUUCUCAUCCUUCUGAUUUCACACCGGUGUGUACCACUGAGUUAGGCAAAAUGGCAGUGCUGGUCGACGAAUUCACAAAACGCAAUGUAAAAGUCUUGGGCUUGUCUUGUGAUAAAUUGGAAAGCCACGUUGAUUGGAUAAAUGACAUCAAAUCAUAUUGUUUGGACAUCAAAGGAGAAUUCCCAUAUCCCAUUAUUAGCGAUAGCACACGAGACUUGGCUGUACAACUAGAUAUGAUCGCCGAGGAAGACAAGGACAAUGUUGAGUUGGCAUUGACUAUUCGAUCUCUUUACAUUAUUGGACCCGACAAGAAGGUUAAACUCAUGAUGGUUUACCCAACUAGCACUGGUCGUAAUAUUCAAGAAAUUUUACGUUGCAUUGAUUCACUUCAGUUGUGUGAUAGAAAAAAUACCAUCGCUACACCAGCAAAUUGGGUGCCUGGUGAAAAAGUUAUGAUCCUGCCAACAGUUAAAGACGAAGACCUCGAUACACUCUUUCCAAAUGGUUAUGAAAAACGUUCAAUGCCUUCUUCAGUCGAUUACUUGAGAACAACUACUGAUUAUUAAAAUAAAAAAUUAUUGUAGUUUGUUAUUAUUGUAUUUAUUUAAAAGAGAUUUAUUUUUCUUGAGAUUUAUUUUUGAAUAAAUUAUAAUUUGUUAAAGCCAUA